AUGUGUCGGCUCCUCGGCCUGGGCCCGGGGGGCUCCCUCAACGUCCGAGUUUCCGCCCCUGCCGGGCUCGUCCGCCCCUGCUGCCCCAGCCUCACCCACUGCCACCCCUGUGCCUCGCUAGGCUCCUGCUCCGGCACCCCAGCCACAGCCUACCGUCCCCCCUGUGCCAGCUGCCAGUCCCCCCGCUGUCGAUGGGUCGACCCCUGUCCUCCAUCAGAUCCUCGCUGCAGUCACCCAGCUGCAGGAGACGCUGCUGCUGCAACGAUCUCCAAGGUGGCGGCCUUGGAGCAGCGAGUCUCCACGCCACCGCCUGUGCGUGAGCUCUCCUCCAUCCCGGCCCCUGCUCCUUCUUCGGCCCCGGGCCCGUGCCCUGCCCUGCCGUCUGCUGGUGAGGCCAUGGACGCCGAUAGUGGGGACAGUGUGGUUCCCCCUGCGGGCCAGAUGCAGAACACCCCUGCAACCCCACCAGCUGUGGUGACUGCAGCUGUCGAGGGAACGGCCGAACCUCGCCAUGGCCAGACGGGUCCUUCACCUUCACCUGCUGAUCCUCCACUGUAG